GCCCAUAGCGCGCGGGCUGAGGGCCGCACGCCCCGUGGGGGCACCCGGCCCUGUCCCUCCACCGCCCCCCGCCCAUUGCCCCCCUCAUCACCGCCCGGCGCGCGGCGGGCGGGGCCCCGUGGCCGUUGCGCGGCGGCCGUUACCCCACCCGUGCCGCACGCGCUGCCGCGCGCCCGCCGUUGCCGUGGCGACGGGCUAAGCCGGGGCCUGGCUCCGGCUCGGCGGGCGCAGAGGGGGCGGACGGGCGGCGGCGGCGGGCCGGUGGCUCGGCGCUGCCGGGGUAUGCACAACAAAGGCGGGAGGCGACGCGUCCCGGCGGGCUCCGCAGGUCUUCUACGCAUGGCGACUCAACCCAUGUGAGAGCUCUCUUAUGUGAGUACCCAGCAGCACACUUUGCUGUCUGUGGUCUGUGGACAUUGACUGGCAUCUAAGCGACAUCCCAGCUCCCUCCUCUCCCCCUAGACGCCACUGUCUUAGAGCCUCCAUGUGCAUUUGCUAUGACAUACAUCAGUGUUGAUGAGAGACAGGAACACUGCCGGGUGAUCUUGAGCUGCCAAAAUAAUCAGCUCUAUGCACAACAUGGCUUAAAGGAUUUUUUGGUUAGCAGCAUGCAUCCACUAAAGAACAUAGAUACUCAGAUUUUUUCUGGGGACUUCCACACUCUAGACUCCUGCCACACGGGCAAGGCACCUUUGGCCAGUCCUGUGGAAAACCGGAUGUAUCGGAGCGUGGAGAACCUUCACUGGGCAACAGUUGCUGACUCGGGGCUGUAUUCUCACUGCCGGAGCCUGGAUAAUGAGAUCAUCUUUCGCUAUGGAGGCACCAGUCAGUGGACAGAAGGCUGUGUGGAUGUGCCCCCACUACAGAGCACAUCAGACUCCCUGAGAAACCUUUCUCUCCAUACUAAACAGACAUCUCGAUCAGCACAGAAUGUGCUUCUCCCUCCCUUUGCCAGAGUGCCUCAGUGGCUUUUCCCUUCUGCAGAGGAGAAAGCCCUACACAAGGAUGCCAAGAAAGAGCUGAAGGAGAAACUGAGGCUGCACAGCAGUAAGGUGGCAGAGCCCUGCAAGCCAGUGCGUCCACAGGCACCCCUCCCUGACCUGAUGGCCCAGGAGUUUUUUGAAUGCCAGAUGUGCCGGCAGUACAAGAACGGUUGUGCUGUCAACUGCUGCACAGUGUUGGUGGAACACACUGCUCUCAGGCGCAGCCUCACAGGGAGGCAGAGACUGUGUUUGGCACACAGCAUCAUCAGCCCAGAAGACAUCAAGCAGGAGGCUCAGAGGAGGCUUCAGCUCCGAAGGCAGAAUAGCUCCCCCAAUUUACCCCUUCAGCAUGCUGGGGAAAGCCGUGAGAUGGCCAAAUCCAGAACAGCAGAAGCCCUGGAACAAUAUAGUGGGGAAACAGAUGUCAAAGCGACUUUGGGACAGAGCAAGAAAGGCCGCUGCAAAGGGAGGCUCUACAUACCCACCUUUGAGGAAUUCAAGCAAAUGAGAAGUAAGGAGGCAAAUUCUUCUGCUAGCAGCAGUGGGCCAGCAGAGUGCUUGAAUAAGGGUCUGCCUGUGAACCAGACCCUGGAGGAGGAGAACAAUAAGAAAGUCUGUCCAGAAGCUCUGGGGACCAAAGCUGUGAAUGAAGGUGCUGUCACAGCGGAGGAUGACGAUGAUGUGUUCCAUGAAAACCACACCUCAACUGGCUUUUCCCAACAUCCAGACACAUGGGAUGGUUUCAGAAUGAGCAGCCCUGAGGUGAAGGACAGAACCAACCAGAUCUCCAGCCUCAAUAGAUCCCUGGUCCCCAUUUGCUCUAGCCCUAUUCCACGAUCACCUUUGCAGGCAGUAGCAAUACACAGAGCUGGGCAGGAGAUCUUCAGUGAUGAGCAGCAGAAAGGAGAGACAAGACAAUUAAAUGAUGUCCUCCACCUUGCAGGGCAGUCGCUGGCUUCUGAAGCACAGUCCUCUUGCUGUUCAUCGCUACUGUUAGAAGCCACAGACUUAUCCAGCUAUGGAGCUAAGCUACAAAAGAUGAAGGAUGAAUUCAUAGGUUCAGCCCUGGAACUUAUUAAGAAAAGCUGCAAUGCCGAGACUGCUGGCAAAUCCCCCUCCAAGGGACGGUGUGAUCUGAGGAAAGCUGAUCUCCCACCUCCGGAGGACAGCCAGCAGCCCACAGCGAUGUCCAUGGCAACAGCGACCUGGGAAGACAAGCCAAGCAAUGAGACAUCCAGUGACACUCCGCCUGCAGGGAAUACCCCCAGUCCCAGCUGCCGCCGAUCCAGCUCCGACAUUGUCCAUGAGACCACGGAUGGUGCCAAGGCCCAGCGGGAGUGCCGGCUGCGGCCGCACUUCAGUGACCCUAUGCCGACAGACUCGGUGAAGAGGAAGCAGCUAGAGCUGAAGAUUGCAGCUGCAGCACGGCAGCAUGCACAGAAGCGCCGGCAGGAGCGAGACUACGGUCCAGUGGUAGCAAAAGCCAACCUUGGCCAUGGUGGCAGCUUUGAUGAGACCCGCCGUGCUCCACGUGGCUCCCUCCGCUCCAGACAUCAUUGGAGCAAUGUCAGCAGCCUGAGCACGGACAGUGGGAUUGUUGGCGUGAAUGAUGUCCGGGAUGACCUGGAUCCCAGCGAGGCCACCCGGACCAAGUCAGCAGAUGUGGAGAGGGCAGAUAGUGGCAUUGGCCAGAUGCCAGCCAGAAAGUGGAGGAACAGGGCUUCUGAAACGCUGAGCUCCCUGCAGGCCUGGGAAGCCCACCGUCCCUGCACUGACUGUGGAGAAAGGGACCUCCCGGCAGAGACAGAUGUGCAGAACUGCAAUCAGAGGCGGGCUGACCUCUGCGAGAAGUGCCGCAAACGCAGGACGGAGCGCAAGGAGUCUGUGCUGGAGUUUGUCAACACGGAGGCCAGCUAUGGAGAGGACCUGCGCAUCAUCAAAGAGGAGUUCUACCUCCCCAUGCAGGCGGCUGGGCUGCUGAGCCAGGAACAGCUCCUGGGCAUCUUCAGCAACAUCCAGGAACUCAUCGACCUCAACGAGAACUUCCUGGAGAUACUCCAGGAAGAGAUCGAUCAGGCCUUUGAUCAGGGUGAUGAUGACCUGAUGACCGUGUGCAUCGGCGAAAUAUUUCUAGAGUUCGUCAACAUGCUGCCAGCCUUUCAGACCUACUGUCUUCAGCAGUCCUCCUCUGUGAAUAUGCUCAACGCGCUGGAGAAGGAGAAAGAGUUGCUCAGAAUAUUCCUCAAUGUCUCCCAGAAUGACAACACAGCGCUGCGGCGGAUGAACUUGAGGUCUUUCCUGAUGGCUCCUUUGCAAAGAGUCACUAAGUACCCACUGCUGCUCAGCAGAAUCAUCAAGGCCACCACUGAGUACCACCCAGAUCAUGGCAGCCUGCGGGAGGCUAAGAGCCGCAUCGAGUCCCACCUGGAGCACAUCAACAUGAAAACCAAGCAGGAAGGGAACACAUGGACCCUCCGCUCCUUUCGCCAGGACAGCAAGAAAAAGAGGGAGGUCAUCAACAUUGAGAUGAGAGAAACUGCCCUCAAAACUGUAGGUUGGCUGCGGGAAGAAACACGAUUUGUGAUGGAGGGGUCUCUGCAGCUGGCCCAGCCCCCUGAUGGCCAGUGGGUGAAGAAAGGCAGCAAGACCCUGAAGUUCCAGAACAUGCAGGUCCUCCUCCUGGUGAACAUGAAGCGCGUGUCUGAGUCCAGCCUGGAGUCAGCUGAGCCAGGGCCUGUGAAGGACGCCGUGCUGGUACUCAUCAGGGACAAAAAUAACGGCAAGUUCCAUUUGCUCAGGGAGCCCUUGAGGCUGAGUAAUUGCAUCGUCUCCACUGAUCCUGACUGCGAUGACACUUUUGAACUCAUUGAGAUCAGGCGGGAGGCAUUUGUGUUCCGGGACAGUGACCGGGCACGGACUCACCACUGGUUCAGGCAGAUCAGGCGAUACUCGAGGGAGCUGGGCUCCUGGAAGAAGCGGCGGAACGCACUGCCCAACAUCAUGAUCAGCACCCCUCACACCAGGCCCUGAGUCCCGCACGGGCAGCACGCAGGGAGACUUGGCUUGGCCAGUGCCGUGUGCGGGAACCAUCAAGAGCCCCAGUGGCUUGAACUUGCUCUGCUCCAUGGACCACGCAGGGAGGAGCCUGGCCCAUGAAGACUCUUGGCAGCACUGGAACCAAGUAUUACAGCCUAGUUCUGGUCUCCGGCCUCAGGACUCAACUUGUUUGUGGCUGAUGUACAUACAGAGAUGGGCUUCCCUUGAGGAGCAGAUCUCUGGAGGAAAAUACUGAGUUUAACUUGUCAAUAUUGCACUGUGGGAGAAUGAUGUAUGAUGCUUGCCAUUGCAUGGAUUGUGUUGAAAGCCAGUCUUGACAACAUGAGAGAAGUUUCCACCAUUGACUGUAUUUCAUCAGCAUUAGGUAAAGUCAGGGUCAAAAUUAGGUGCAGUAUUAUGCAACAGGGGAGGAAAAUUAGAGAAAAUGAUGUUUUCCACAACUACUCCUAAGGACUGUAUUUCAUUAUUCACCUCUGUAUAUUCAGUCAAAAUACUUGUUUAAAAAGAAAGGUCUUUCAUCUUUAAUCCAAGUCAAGUAGAGAUCAAUUUGCUCAGAUUCAGCUGCAUGCAUACAGCAAAGAAAAAAAAAAGCAGACAAGAAUAAAAAGAGUUCUUGCUCUCUGACACAUGCACCCCAAAUAUGCAUAGAACCUGUGGAAGAGCAGUAUAUUCCCACUGAAAGUCUGUUAUUUAACUGACUUGGGGACUGGAACGUAACUCUACAUCUGAAAUAUCUCAGAAGUGUAUGUAAAUAUAGCUCCGCUACCACUAAUAGUGAACUUAAAAGUUUGAGAUUAUUUAAAUGAUGUAAUCUAGUGCAUUCCAAAAUUUAAUUGAAAGGAACAAUUUACAUUGUACUGUAGAGUAACAUAAAAGGUUUUAAUAAUUAUAUUUCAAUGACUUUAGGUGGGUAUUCUUUUAAAUACUUGUUUUCUGGAGUAGAUAUUUCAUUUAGUGUGGGUGACAUUCAGGUGAACAAUGUGCCUAUGUCUGUUCUUUGGAUCCCCUGAACAGAAUUCAAGGGCUACUCCUAAUGAGACUGGGAGAAUGGUCCAAGCCUGCUACCUUAUGUCUCCCUAGACAACAAUAGAUUGGCAUAAAACCUUACGCUCUGGCCGCAGUCCUGCCUGGGCAGGUCUGGCCCCAGCGCACCAGAUGCAAGAGCCGAAGCCAAGGCCACAAAAGCACUCUCCCAUAAGGUCCAGCCUCUCUCGGCUCCGCAGCAGGGCAAUGACUCGAAGCUGAACAAUGGUGAAAAGGCAAACAGGGUUUAACCUUUUCAGCCUGACGUUACUGCUGCCUGUGGCCUUGCGAUUACAAGAUCGGCAAAAUGUCACGCUGUGACUUACACAGCAAAGGCCAGAUUACAGCCCUAGAGGCUGAAUUAAAGGAGCCUGAAUUUUGGUCAGUGGAUCUCAGAGAGGACAACCUGUAAAUGUUCUCUCAGAUCCCAGGGUAAAGACAAGGCCAAUCAGUAUUAUUCACUCCCCACAACAUAUUUCUGUUACAGGCAUUUAUUUUACAGGAGGUUUCAUACAAGGAAGCAUAUUUGUGUAUUUCUCCAGAGAUCACCCAGUAUCAGUGAGCACACAAACAAAAGUGGACAGAAGCUACCUUCACGUAGGUAGCCCUAGUCUUGUAAGUCACCACUGACCCAAGGCCUGAGCAGGUGUUGAAACCGUGCCCAGUGCUUCGUCCUCCUGCCACGGCUGCUGGUGCUUGUUAUGCUGCCCCGGGCGCUGAGGCGGACACCAGCAGUGGGAUGUGUGCACACUGGCUGUAUUCUAUCUCCAUCUGCACCAUCCAGCACUCUAAUGCUUCAUUUUGUCCUUGAGGAAAUGGGAAUUGUUGAAUCAUCUGGAGGCUUUACAAACACAUACCCAAGACAUGAGGGUGGCAGCACACAGCUGAGCAAUAGCUGCCAACAUGCUUGUUAGGGCAGCAGCAGCGAGUUGGAAUUCCCUCCAGCUAUUUCUAGUCGUUAGACAAUAGUUUGUUUGUUCCCCCAAAAUACACACUGAACAGCCAGUAAUGAGCACGAGGCAUUACUUUUAUAAAUUUGUUGCUUAUUUUUCAAAUAGAUGGAUGUCUAAGCAGAGCAGCUGCUGGAGGAAGAUUUCCCCAAUGCUGUCAUGACAGAUCUGCACCUAACGGCCUUCAAGCCCCAUUCUCCAAACAUGCAAAAAGCAACAGCUUGUAGCACCUUUGUUUUCUCUCCCAUGAUCAAAACGGCACAGCUACCUUCUCUUCGUUACCUCCAGUGGAGAGUUUUGAUAAGGGAAGGCAUAAGUACAGUAAGCCUAAUAGCUUAAUUUAUCCAAAUAGCAAGUGGCUUUCACAGCCACAGAAAGCUGCUGCUUUCUGGAACAUUUUUGAUUGCUUUCUAGCACAAUGAUUUUCUCCACACUAAUUCACACUCAAAACCAGCUGGGGACUGUUUGUACCGUCGUAUCUUUAAAUCAAGAUACCUUCAGUCACCCUGGCUGUUCAAAAAGGUUAGAGAACAAUAAGUAUAUGUAAAAGGUCUGAUAUUUAGCAUCAAUCUUGUGUUUGGGUGAUUGUUCAAUUUGUCAGAUUCAGGGUUUUUCUAGGUAUCACAGGAAACACCUGCCUGCCAGACUCCUGGUAAUCAUGGCCUGUUUCCUCUGAACCAGGCAAACUCUCCCCAAAAUAAGGUCCGUAAAUAAUUGCCGGGUGUUGAGCUGCAAGCAGGACAUGUACUUGCUGCUGUAACCCUGUCCUAAAAAAACCUGUGAGCCAGGGAACAGUACAGGCUCUUUGAUCUGGGACAGCCUGAUGGUUGAACCUGUCAAACUAGACAGAGGUUGUGCUUCCAGUGUUAUUUAUCUUUUACAUGUCUGGUGUGUACUUAGCUGCUUGCCUGCGUUUAAAUUACAGGUGUUGAAAGGGAGCACGAGCACAGAACCAUCUCUCUGGCCCCACAAGGGCUCGUGCUGUGGGGUGAGUCUGCAUAGGAAGGGCAAGGAGUGGCGGCACACUGCCAAGGCAGCAGGUUUCUAUAAUCCUCAGGCACCUUUCGGAACUGGAUGAUCCCUCUUCUGGGAAGUUCGAGGUCUUUCAGUAUCACAUGUGCACAUCUUACUUGGCAGCUCUGGAGAUUAGUUGUGCUGUAUUUUUCCAUUUCUAAUUAACAAACCUUAUAAAAUGCUAUUAUAACCCAGAGUACUUGGGAACAGGGUUGUCUAUAAGCCAAGAAAGCAAUUAUUUGUUCCAAACUGGCCGUCCCAAGGCUCCAUAAUGUUUUUAUGCCUCUCAGAAGCCAUGACUGACAAUACUAAGAUUACUUUUAAAGACUCCUGCCCACUGAACUGACCCGGCUAGUACAAACAGACCACGUUAGGGGCAAAAAAAGAGAAAGUCAGAUUACUCCAUUGAUUUAUCAAAACUCAUAAAUGACCUUUAAAAAGAAUUUAGGAUGAGUCUUACUGGCCAUUUACCAGAAAAACUAUCAAAGAGUCCGUAUAGUUUCAAGCUCACAAGAUGACACAACACUGGAUUAAGAGUCCCCUCUGAGAGCAGGUGCCAAGGAAAGGAGGAGUAGCUACUCUAAGAGUGAGCAGGCUAAGUGGGAAAGCCUGAAAAAAACCACAGGGAGAUGAAGAGUGAAUACUUUAGAGGGCAGAGACUUCUGCUUUAGUAAAUGGAGAUCUUCCCUCCAUGGUGUUCUCAUACAUUCCUGGUUGUCCUUAACAGAAGUGAGGAUGUGUUCAGCGUGGGUCUCCGCUAUGUGAUCAAGAACGCCUCUGAAAGGGAGCGCCAGCUUUGGUCUGACAGCAAGAACCUACUGUAGCUGUCAUUGGAGACUGAGACUGACUUCGUGCAUCCCAAAUCCUGGAAAAAAGCUCAGAGAUCAUCUCAGAUCUCCUACCUUGGGGAACUUCAAUCAUUUGAUGCACAUGAAUCUAUUACAGAGAUAAAGUCCCAGGAAGACAGAUAUCCAGCAGGAGAUUCUGGUGAAUCUUGCACUCUCUUGCUCGUCCCUGACAUCCUCAAAGGGAAGAUAAUUCAAGUCUUCUAGCACCCUGUCAAAGCUAUCCCUGCCAUGGAUGAGGCAGCUGUAGUAACUCUCUUUUCAUGAUGUCAUAAUGUCAGCCAUGUCUCCUCUUAAAUGUAUGCUGGGGAACCAGGUGAGAUUAAGCUGGAAUUAGGCUGACAUUCUCUGACUUGAAAUUGGAAAAACCUGGAAUCAAAAGCAGUGGAGGAAACUGUCCUCCUGACAGGGAUCAGAUAAAAGUUCAAAGAUCUCACUGUCACUGUUGAGUGACUUUCUGUCACUACACUGGAAUACAGUCUUACCAAUCAGGCAGACAAACAAACUACCUUAUUUCUCACAGAGGCUGCUGAAUAUCAAUAUGAUUAGAGACAGGUACAAGCAAUUAAAAAACCCCACAACGUUUUGACAGUAACACUGCACAGUCCAAGAACUCCAGGCAAGCUCCAAGGGCACUCAUUAGAAAAAAAGACAUCUCCCUGAGGAAGCUGAAGGUGGUCCCCUAAGGGAAACCUUUCUACAACAUGGAUGGAAAAGUUAGGCAAUAGAACAUAGAGGGUCCUCUUCAACAGAGGGUGAGGAACCCUAAUAAGGAAUCAGAAGACAGGCAGAGCAUCCUCCAGCACUGGUUUCUGCCCAGGCUUGACUGGGAGCAGUUGCAUAGCUGGAAAAAGCUGAGAAGCUGGCAUUAGGCUCUAGGUCCUCUAGCAGGGAUGAAUGUAAUGAUAAUUUGCAACUCCCCAGCUCAAAUCCUGCCCCAGUGUGAUCUCCACCAGCAGAGGCUUUGCAUCCCUGAGAAACUCUCUCAGCCACAGCUGAGAAGACCCAGACUGCAAAGAGCCCUCCCAGGGAAGGUGCUCUGCGUAGGAGCAGGCAAAGGAACCCUUUUGUUUCACUGGCAGGUGGUUUUGAACCCUUCCCUCCAGUGCAGGAACCUCCCUUGCAGUGUCAGAGUCACAUCCGUGGGAAGACUCAAGUGAAAUGUCUCUGGGUGCUUUGGGGAGGGCUGGCAGAGGAGAGUGGGCAGCCUGGAGGUCACAAGAAAGUCACAGAGCAGAUCCCAGUAACCAAAACAUACAAAGAGCACAAGGCCCCAGACUGUUUCACAGGGGCUGAAGCCUCAGGCUUUUUCUUCCCUUUAGGCUCUCUGCAGUCCCUGUUGAAGUCUCCAACAGGCUGUGGUGGUUGCCAGACUUCACAAAAAUCUGCUGCACAGGGCCCCAGCACAGACCCAGAGGCAGCCAGACAGCUCUCCCUACUGGAUGGGAGCCAGCAGGCUUCCCAGGGAGCAGACAACGCCUUUGCAGGGCUCAGGCUCUUAGAUUUUCCCCAACAGAAGCAGGUUAGCCCUUUGUACACCCAGAGUGUGAACGUGCAGGUGAACAGGCAUUCAGACAAGGAGUGUAUUCCCCCUUUCUUGAAAGGACUGGUUUUAGGACAGCCAUUUUCCCCUUGGGCAGGGCAAUCCUCCAGUGACGGCUAACCAGCGCAAGCCAGAAGUGCCGCAGUUUGAAGUGGCAAUACACAGAGGCAGACAACCCUGCGAGGAGAUACCCAUCUUCGAGUAAUUCAUGCCUGACCCACAACAUGCAUAUGGUGUGUAUACCGUAAAGGACUAUUCCUUUCAAAAUCAAACCCUUCCUUAGUGACCCUCCAUGAAUUCAGCAGGCAGGAGGCUCUCUGAACAGCCCCUACACACACUUUAGUACAGCUGCACUGCAGUAUCCAGCAACAGACGGUACUUUAAUGAGGGAAGAUGGACUACUGAGUAACAGAUCAGUAGCCACGCACAGACCCCAGGAGUCAUCCAUGUUCACUUUCUGCUCUCCUUAAUUGCCUGGGUGUAUAAUGGCCUUACCAGCUGAAAAAUGCAAGUGAGGCUCUAUAGCACAAAGUCAUCAAUUGGCAGUAAAAUGAAGGCAAAUUAUUUACCCAAAGAGAAAAUCCUUGUCAAUGCUAACAGAACUGGAAGCAGUUAAAUUCUGCAAGAAAAAUCAGACGGUUUACCACAUAGUGUUACAGCUCAAUGACCACUCAAAGCUGGCACCACAGAGGGAGGAAGAAGCCUUCCUCCGCACACUGGCAUAGCGUGCGCGGGACUGUGCGGUGAACCAGAUUGGGAGCAAACACUGCUGAAAAAUAAAGACUGUUCCAGCUAGAUCAGUUCCUUCAUGCAGUUUACUGCACAAAGACGUGUACUGGCACUAGAAAAGGGCAGUCUGGAAGUGAUAACGUGUCCUUUAACAAGUGCCAGUUUAACGAGGUUGCUGGUCUUGGGCUGUAGUUAAUCAAUUCCAGCAGACGGACCCCAGUUCAACAACCAGCCCCAAGGUCUAUGCUGCAUCCUGUGCCAUGGAGCUCUGCUCACCCGUUUCGCAGUUUCAGGUCAGCACUUCC